AUGAGAUCAAUCACCAAGACACUAUGUGCAUUAUUCGGGCUUUCAGUGCUUAGUUUUACCUCUGCAUAAAUAAUAGAUCCAGAAACCUACAUCUACAGUUUACCAGAAUAUGAUGUUCCAAUGGUUUAAGAAGCCCCAUUUGUUAGCCAAUAGUACUGGGCUAACGAUAGAAAUGGAUUGUUAAGCAUGGAAUUAAUGGGUGGUUUGAGUGUACAAGAUCUCUCCCCAGAGAUCUAUGAGGAUUUGCAUCUUUCAGACUCAACUGUUUCCCCAAAAAUGAGAGAGAUCUAGUAAAUGAGAAGAAUCGCUAAUCACAUCUUCAAUAUGGGAUAUGACUCCAAUGAAAAGGGAGAUAAAUUGUACCUUAAUAUGUAUCUCUAAAAGCACAAUCUCAAGCCAUUCCAAGUCAAACAAAUAUUCAAGUUCCUCGAUGAAAACAAGAUCAUUCGUCAGAAAAUCAUAUAACAAUGGUGA